UCACAGAUGAAGGCGUGUGCCACUGUUGAGUUCUGCCCCCCGCCCACCCACUCUCCCUUGCUCUGCUGGGCCUGGAGGCCGGUGGCUGCUAGAAUCUAGAGCAGGGACCAGGAGGCCACCAGGCUCCAGCCUCUGCCCUGGGCGUCUGUGCCUCGGCUCCACCCUCCCACUACUGGUUGACCUGGUGGCCCUGGUCCUCCUCCCAGGGCUCCUCCUGAGGCUCCAGCCCUCCUUGGCUCUGCCGGGCCUCAGGAGGGGGCACACCAGCACCUGUGCCCACUCUGGUCUUCUGUACCCUUCCCGCUAAGAUGGAAAGUUCCCAAAAUGCAGCCUCUCUCCAAUGUGUGGCCUGUGUCCUCCAGACCACCCAGGGGUGAAGCCCAGGCCUCCUGCCCCUGCCUCUCUCCAUCUCCUGGAUGCCCUCCGUUCUGUCCUCCUCUGCAUCUGCCCCGUGGCCCCGUGCGGUCCUGCUGGUGCCCGCUGGUAUGGAGAUGCCUCGCUGCCAGAGCCUGGUGCCUGCCCCCGUCCGGCCUCUGGGCAGGCCCGACGGGCAGCGUCGACCGAGACUUCCUGCACUGCCGGCCCAGGAUCCGAGCCGGCCUGCGCUCAGCCGCCUCGUGAUCCCCACCACCCCACCCCCCGCCCCGGGCGGCGACCAGGGCCCUGCCGCCGUGUCACUGCCUCUUCUCCCCUCACCGAGGGCCCUCGGGGCUGGGAAACGUUCGCUUCCCACCGUCCGGACUGGCCCCAGGAACCAGAACAGCACCCCGCGCACACAGGCAGGUCCUCGCCCAGGAAGACGAGAGCCAGGGACACCAAGCCGCGUGGAGGAAGGCGCAAGACCCCAACUCUUCCUGAGAUGGGAAAUGCGGACGCCAGCACAGAGAGGUCAGAGAUGGACCACAGAUGCGGGAAGACAGCUGCUAGCACACAAAGGGCCAAAGUCCCGGGAACAAAGCCUCUCACAGAAGCACAACAAAGAGACAAACAAUCCACAGAACGGGGGCGAUGGCCACGAAGAGGCGACCCACAGAAGUGCAGACCCACGACCCCAAUGACCUCAGGCUCCAGAACCUUCCGGGGCUCUGCUCACCCCUUGCUGCCCGGAGCCCCGAGGGCACGGCAGUUCGUACUUCUCACCCCCCACCGCGAGGGACACCUCCCGUGUGCACCUCGGAUUUGUGAAAUGAGUCAGGGCAGAAGACCCUCAGCCCCCAGUGAGUGGCCCCCAGGAGUGGCGGGCUGUCCCCCGAGACGUCCACACGCCCGCCCGUCUGCCACACGCCGCAGCCCACCGCCCGCCACCGCUCCUGAGCCGUGAGCCUGGCUCCCCCACCCCCGCUGGCAGCCGGGGUCCAGGCAGGCCACGCGUCACACGGGCUCACCUGCUGCUGGUCUCGGAUCUACGACCACCCGAGCCCCAUGUCUUAGAAUCACUCUCAGAAUCACCGUUUUAAAGUGUUUGAGUCGGUGGCACUUAGUACAUGCAGAGCGUUGAGCAGCCGCCGCCUCCAAUUCCAGAACAUUCUCGUCAGCCUGCAGAGAAAGCCCUGCCCCUCGGCCGUCACCCCCAUGGCCUCCCCCAGCCCCUGGCGGCCAGCAGUCUGCUCUCCCCUGAGGGUCCCCCUGCUGGGACGGUUCACAGAAAGGGAACCACACAACAGGCGGCCGCAGUGCCUGGUUCUCCACCGAGAGCCUUUUCCAGACUCGUCCGUGCUACAUCCACAUUCCUCCGUGGGCAGGAUAACCCUCUCUGCACGUCUUGUUUGUGCACCAUCCACCUAUGGAUGCGCGGGUCGUCCACGCCUUCUGGCAACUCCGGGAUAAGGGUGAACUUACAAACCAGGCACAGGAAGGGGUCAACGACUGUGGCCGGCCGUAACAGGACAAUCCUAGCGAUACGCCACAAGGGAGGCCGCGUGACCGUGGUGUCCUGCGGCCCGGGAUGACGGGGGACAUGAGAUGCCAGGCACGAGGUGAGUGAGGUGAGUGGCGCUGGCUUGUGACCAAGCGUGAGACAGCGCUGCCCUCCAAGCACCGUCGGGGGGACCACCACCCUGCCCCAGGUGGCGGCUGACGCCCGUGACGGACUGCUGGGCGGGCUUCGGCCGGAGUCCCUGCCCCUCUCGGGAAAGAUCGGUUUGCUGGGCCACGUGGUAACUCUGCUCAACCUUCUGAGGGCCUGCACGCUGCUCCAGGGUGGCCGAGCAGGGACCCCGCCAGGCCCAGCCCUCUGGAUGGCACCCGGCGCCUGCAGGGACGAGAUCACUUUAUGGGUUUCUGCAAAACAAGCAGCGCCGGGCCGGCCCUCUGAGCGGAGGCGACCUCCACUGGUUUCCUCCAGGCACCGGGGGAACGGAUGAAACCGCGGCCACGCGUGGGGCGCACCUCCGGGGUCCCAAACGCGCCGACUCUGCGUUUGGCAGGAGGGAAAACCAAGGGGCCCUUUGUCUUCAGGAGCUGACCCGCCUGUGCGGUCGCGCGUCUGCCCUGGUGGGAGCGGGGGCUCUGUGCUGGCAGCUGGCCGGGGGCGCCCACGCUCUGCCCAGCUCUCGGGGAGCAGCCAGCCCAGGAGCGGGGCCGGGGCGGGCGCGGAAGGCCAGCCUGCCCCACGCGGGCUCCAAACGUGCCGCAGGUCUACGCAGCCGGACCACGGCCUAGUCUCGGGGCAAGGCUGGGGCACGUGGAGGCCUGGAGCCUAGCGUUUGGCCCAACGUGCUUCCUGUAGAAACGUGCCAGCCACGGCGAGCCGUGGCCAGUUUACAAGAGCAAGCUCCGCAAAGCGCUAAGGGCUCCUGUUCCACCCACGUCCUGAGCAUAGGUCACCUGCCCCUGGCAGCCCAGGGUGGCCGCUCGCUCUCACUGGCCCGGCUCAGCUUUCUCUGCUGUCCGAGCCUUAUCUGGACACGGCUGCUUCCUGCUAAUCCAGAGGCAAGGUCAGAGGUGCCGUCUCAGCGUCUCUGCUGGCUGGCAUGUGGGGCCAGAGUGGCCUUUGUCACUGAAGCUGGGAAGCCCUGCAAGGGGGACGGAGGAGGAGCGGCUGGGUCACCGUGAGCCCACUUUCGGGCCCCAGCCCAGCCAGCCUGCCCACGGUGGGGCCAGGGCGCAGGAGGAAGGGGCGAAGGAGCCGGUCCCCAAGCGAGGUGUUGCUGUCAGAGGCCAGCGUGGCCACCUGCAGGGAGGAGCCGGGCACUCGCAGAGAGCACUGCGUGUCUGUCAGGGAGAGCUUCAAGGGGGCCUGGGACCCCAAAACUCCAGCCAGCCAGCAAUACAACCAUGUUACACGAGGGCAUUGGCUGUUGGCCAAUGCCUGCUCUGGGACCAGCCACGGGGAGGUCUCCUGGGCCAGUGUCCUCCACCUGGGUGACCCAAAUGCCCCAGAGGUCACCCUCGGCCCCUCAUCCUCCAGCCCAGCAGCCUCAGGCACGAGGGGAACCCCACAUGGUCUCCGGCAGGCGAGGCCCUCCCCAGCGCUCUCCCUCCCGCCUGCUGAGGCCUUUACUUUAGCAGAGGCGGCCCCGGCCAGCGCCUGGGAAGAGAAGGACGCCAUCCGGCAAUGGGGUGGGGACGGCAGGCUGGGGAGCCCCCAGGGCACCUCGGUUGAACCCUGUGUCCCUCCAGAGUGGCCUGCAGGCUGGACUUCAGGGACACAAUGAUGGUCCUGGGUGGCCCUGCUCCAGGCAGGUGAUGCUCGGCCAGCUGCCGGCCCUAGGGUCUGUCCAGACAGGGUCAAGCGCCAGCCUUUCUCUGGCCAAAAUCCACCCGCUUCCUGCCCCUCCCUGACAAGGGCAGGGAGGGGUGUGAGCACACUCGGUGGCGAGCCUGGAAGGGGGCGGCCUCACUUUCCAGCUCCUCAGGCUCCCCCAGGGGCUCACACCCCCCAGCCAGGCUUGCCCCAGGCACGUCCCCAGGCUAACCCAGAAAGCAGCUGGAACCUUCUCUCUGGGGACGGCAAGUGCCCCAUGUUGGACAGUACCGCCCUGAGCGAUGGGUGUCCACGAAGGCCAAGAGGAGCGGGACCCACGCUGACGGCGGGGCACUGUGCCACAGGCUGUCCCCCCCACGGGCAGGCUCAGUGGAGCGGCAGAACCAGCCCUGCUGGGCAUGGAGUGCUUCCAGCUCGUCUAAUGACAACAGUGCGCCCGGGGCAGCCCGACCUCCCAGAGGUGAAGGGUGGCGUGGGACCCCGAGGG